UUCCAGCUGCCUCAGAACAUCAAUCGGUUGUUUAUUAUACCCCCUCGAUAUCCCCAAUUCGAAUCCCAUAAUACAUUAGUGAUACCCGGGUUCAACUGAAUCCAAUCUUUCCUUUACUAUCCCCCUCAAACGCCGCGACGAAGGCGUUCGUACCACCAAGGACAACUAAUAUCACGGCCUCGUGACCACCAGCAUCAAGCUAAACAUGGCUACCAGCGUGAAUCGUCCUGUCGUUAAGGAGCAAAAGGAGGCCGACGUCAACCGCAAGCUCCAGAUUUACGGCAUCGUCAGCGCCUUCCAGCAGGGCAAGAUUCCGUCGAACGACCAGAUCGACGUCGCACUGAACAGCUUUCUCGAGAGCAAGGCGCUCAAGACCCCCUCGAACAAGCUUUCCGAGGAAGGCAGGCAGCUUGUUCAGGACACCAAGAAUGUUGUUGAGGAGGCCAAAAAGCUUCUGCUUUCCAAGAACCAGGGCAAUCUUCUCCAGGAUUUCAUCUGGCAGACCUCGCAUUACGACUACAAGUCGAUCCAGGGCCCCAACGCCCCAGUCGGCAAGGACGAUGCAAAGCGCGAUGGCGACGAGGCCCUCAGGGGCGUGAAGACCCUUGGCACCCUGUUGAUCACCAACGGCCAGUUCCGCAAGCUCUUGCAGGACUUUACUACCCUCCUCCGCGACAUCACCGGCGAUGUCGCUUCCAAUGCGGCCAAUAUGGUGCGCCCCUCGGAGGACGCCCUGGCCAACAUGGACCGUCCCGCCGACGACAACGUCUGGCAUGAGAAGCCCGAUCUGUCCAAGGAUAAGCUCCGUAAGCAGGCUCAGCAGAUCUACGGCGGAAAACCCAAGGCAGACGCCAAGGAUGCGGCCAACGCUGCGGCCAACGCGCAGAAGACCCACGGCGAUUCUCGCGCUGCUGAGCAAGCCGCUCGCGAUGUCGCCCAGGACAAGAAGAACCAGAACACCGACGAGGAGACGAGGCGCGAGGCUGAGGAGAACAAGGAGAAGGCCAAGCAGAAGAAGGAGGAGUAUCGUCGCAAGACCAAGGAGUACUUCAACAAGAAGAUGCCCGAGGAGCGUAAGGAGCAGCUCAUCUUCCGCCUGAAGAAGAUGAUCCUUGAAUGCCAACAGCACCCCGACUACUCUGAAGCUGUCCAGACCAUUUUGCGUCUAGCUGAGAAUUACGGCCGCCAUGGCCGCGUUAUCGGCCAGAGUGGCGCGGACACCGCCAAGCAGACUCGCUCCGGCUUCUCUCAGGCUGAGGACGAUCUCCGCACCCUCAUCGAGCGCUUUGCUAACGGCACUUCCACUGAGGACUUGUGGUCCUCGAUCAACCAGAUCUACAAGGAUGCCGAGAAGGACGAGGAGUUGCGAAACUGGUUCAAGAGCCUUAACCGCUACAUCCAUCGCUGCCUCCUUGAGCAGGGUUACAUUCUCGAUGAAGAAUCAUCCCACCAGUGGGAUCGCCUCUACGAUCAGGGCAAAUACUUGCUCCGCGACAAGUACCGCGUCCACACCGACCGCGUCCUGAACGAGGUCAAAUUUGUUGGCGAGCAGUUUGACAAGGAUCCCCGCAACAAGGCCUUUGGUGACGCUGUGACCAAGUUGUUCCUUCACCUUGGCAACGACGCCAACGGCAAGCCCACCUUCAAGCCUCACCUGCUCAAGGAUCUCAGCGACGUUAUCAUUCCCGCCGUCUUCGAGAAUGUUGCCUACAUCCCUGUUCCUCGCAUCGAGUACUCCGAUCCCCAGUUUGAUGCUAUCAUUGAGAACUUGAUCUUGGAGUCUGACAACUUCGCCCCGAACAUCUUUGAGAUCGCCAGCGACAACUACUUCCGCUGGGGCCGCAAGAAGAUUGCGAACAAGCACAAGAACACCAUGGAAGUCAAGGUUGCCGGCGUACAGAUGGAUCUGCGUGAUGUGAGCUACCACAUCAAGCGCAAGCAGGGCUUCCCCAGCAUCACGGAUACUGGUGUGGUCGAUCUCAUCCUGCCCGGCGAGGGCUUUUCCUUCAAGGUCAAGAUGUCCUCGGCCGACAAGUCAGACCGCCAGAACUUCUUCAAGGUUGAGAAGGUUGACGUUGACUUUAAGGGCAUCAACUUGAAGGUGACCCAGUCCAAGCACAAGCUGCUUUUCAAGCUCUUCAAGCCGAUCGCCCUCAAGGCCAUGCGCCCCGCCCUGCAGAAGGCCAUCGAGAAGGCCAUCAAGGAUCAGUGCAACGAGCUCGACAUUUUCCUGUACCAGGUCAAGCAGGAAGCCGACAAGGCUCAGGAAGAGUUCAAGAACAACCCCGAGCAAGCCCCCAACAUGUACAAGCGCUACGCGGAUGCUUUCCAGAAGCGUCUGCGCCAGGGCAAGAAGAAGGCCGAGCAUGUCGCCCAGGACAAGAAGGUCAACAUUGCCAUCACCAAGGAGGACAGCAUCUUCCCCAACAUUCACCUUCCUGGCGGCAUCAGCUCCAAGGCCACUGAGUACAAGGAGCUUGCCAAGAAGGGUGACAAGUGGGAAUCGCCUGUGUUCUCCAUUGGCAGUGCGAAGAAGAGCGACAACAUUCCUGCCGCUCCUAAGAUUGAGCGCAAGCCGCACGACGCCACUCCCCGUCGCCAGGCCGAGGGUGCUGGUCUCGCAGGUACACACGCUG